AUGAUGAUCCGUCUCACUCUCACUAUCAGUACCCUUCUGUGGGCGUUGCAGCUGGCCCAUUCCCGUAUCAUCGUGUCGGUUGACCGUAUUCGCAUUCUCAAGACGAACAAAGAUUGGGAAGGCGACACCGAGGAUUGGGAUGUGAAUAGAGGUACUCUCACUCUCAAGAGUGGAACGUGGAACAAGGGACAAGUUGAAUUCAAGAAGUCUGGCGGAAAGAAAUGGAGGGUGAAGAACAAUAAGAACAAGGAUUGCAAACCGAAAAAGAACAAGUCUGAUUCAAGCGGAUUCUAUUCCUGCUACUUUAGGUACGACAACAGCCAGAAUAAAGCCAAGUUUUGCGCCAUUUGA